AUGGCCACUACCAUCCCUACCAUCUGUGGCAAGACUGUCCAGGGCAAUCCACGCACUCUCGUGGACCUCCUCCAACGACACGCCGCGGCUACCACUACCUCGCCUGCCGAUGCGGCCAACACGACCGCAUCGGCCAUUUCUUCGGGCUUCUCAUGGAUCGAUGACAGCGGAAAUGUGGCCCGCAAGCUCACCUACGCCGACCUCGAGCGGGAAGCCCGCGUGGUGGCUCAGGGCCUCCAGGCCAACAAGGCCCAUGGCCAGCGCGUUCUUCUCAUCUUCGAGCCCGGUCUCGAUUUUGUCGUGGGCUUCUUCGGCUGCGUCUACGCCGGCGCCAUCGCCGUACCGGUCUACCCGCCCCUCAAGGACGAGGACUUCUUCAAGCUCGACGGGCUGGUCAUUGACAGCGAGGCACGGUUCAUGCUCACCACGUCCGUCGUACACAAGGGCCUCCAGCGCAAGCUGCUCAACCCGCUCGCGCGGGGCGGGUACGCGCUCAAGAAGCUCCUGCCCAUCGCCAUCGACCUCCUCGACCGCACCGCCUCCUCGUGGACCCCUCCCGACAUCUCCCCCGCCUCUCCCGCCUACCUUCAGUACACGUCGGGCUCCACGGCGUUCCCCAAGGGGGUGGUGGUGACGCACGAGAAUGCCGUCUACAACGCGGUGGCCAUCAGUCACCUGCUCGACACGCAGGCCCCGCAGCAGCUCGGUCUGUGCUGGCUGCCCCUCUACCACGACAUGGGCCUCGUGGGCAACGUGCUCUCGGUGCUCUACUCGCGCAUGCCCAUGAUGCUCAUGGCCCCCUCCACCUUCCUCAAGCGGCCCGACAUGUUCCUCCACCUCGUCGCCCAGCACCGCGUCACCCACGUCGCCGCGCCCAACUUUGCCUACGAACUCUGCGCCCGCAAGCUCUCCGACGCCGUCGCCCGCCAGCUCGACCUCUCCCACCUUCGCGUGGCGUUGAACGGAGCCGAGCAGGUCCAGGCGUCGACGCUGCGCCGUUUCUGCGACAAGUUCGGACCCAGCGGGUUCACCAUGGACAAGUUCUACGCCUGCUACGGCCUGGCCGAGGCCACCCUCAUCCUGACCGGCGGACAGCAGGGCGUCCCGCCCACCUUCCUCGCCUCGCCGGCGUCGUCGGCCGGGGCCAAGGAGGAGCGCGUCCGACCCGGCGACGUGCUCGUGGCGUGCGGCACCAGCCUCCCCGAGGGCGAGAUCCGCAUUGUCGAUCCUGUCUCCCGCACCGCCUGCCCGCCCCUCUCCGUCGGCGAGAUCUGGGCGCGCGGCCCCGGCAUCUCUCCCGGCUACUACGGCCAGCCCGACAGAACGCAGGAGGUGUUCGCGGCCACCGUGGAAGGCGACGCGUCGUCGGCGUGCUACAUGCGCACGGGCGACCUGGGCUUCGUGAACGAGAAGGGCGAGCUGUUCGUGACGGGCCGCCUGAAGGACCUGAUCAUCGUGCGGGGCCGCAACGUGUACCCGCUCGACAUCGAGUGGACCAUCCACAGCGCCAGCGACCUCGUGCGCCCGGGCUGCUGCGCCGUGUUUUCGGUGCAGCUCGAGGGCCACGACGAGGAGAAGGUGGUGGCCGUGGCCGAGCUGCGUCAGCCCGUGGCCGACGCCAAGGCGCGCGACGACCUCGUGCUGAGCAUCAAGACGGCGGUGGCGCGCGCGUUUGACGGCCUGGAGCUGCACGACGUGGUGCUGGUCAAGGAGCAUACGGUGCCCAAGACGUCGUCGGGCAAGCUCAUGCGCUUCGCCUGCCGCUACAGCUACCUGCAGGCCUCGCUCGCCCGCCUGGACUCCAACACCAACAGCGGCGCCGGCGGUCGCAACCUGGUGGGGGGCGUGGUGGACAAGCUCGUGCAGGCCUUCAAGCCGCGCAAGGAGGCCCUCCAGCGCUACAUCGUGAACAAGGUGGCCGAGGCCGUCGACCUCGACGCCGCCAACAUCGACCCGGCGUGCGACGUGCGGUCCUACGGCAUGGACUCGCUCCGGCAGAUGCAGCUCCUGCGCGAGCUCGAGGACCGCCUGGGCUGCGCGCUGCCCACGAGCCUGUGCGACGAGUACAACUCGAUCGAGCAGAUCGUCGACCUGCUCCUCUCCGACGCCUACACCAAGAUCUCCCCGCGCCUCACCAAGUUCAUCGACGAGGAGCUCGCCGCCUUCAAGCCCGAGAAGCGCCGCCAGCGCCGCAAGGGCGGCUUCGAGCUCAAGUCUGCUCUGCAGAGCAACGGCACUAGUGCCAGCAGUGACAGCAUCGCCGAGGCCCAGGCCAAGGAGGAGGAGGACGACGAGGCCCUGCCCGAGGUGGACGUGGCCGCGCUCGCGCAGCCGGUGGUGCCCACGCUGGAGGACUACCCGGGCGCGCCGAUCGCGAUCGUGGGCAUGGCGUGCCGGGUGCCCAAGGCGCGCAACGUGGGCGAGUUCUGGUCCAACCUGGACUCGGGCGUCGAUGCCAUCUCGCAGAUCCCGGCCGACCGGUGGAACGCGGAGGCCUUCUAUGACCCGGACAUGGACAAGCCGGGCAAGAUGCCCACCACGCAGGGCGGCUUCCUGGACGACGUGGACAAGUUCGACGCGUCGUUCUUCCACAUCGGCGCGCGCGAGGCCGAGGUCAUGGACCCGCAGCAGCGCAUGGUGCUCGAGGUGGUGUACGAGGCGCUCGAGGACGCCGGCAUGAGCCUGGACAAAGUGCGCGGCUCGCGCACGGGCGUGUUCACGGGCGUGUGCUUCUCCGACUACCACAAGGUGCAGGUGGCCGACCCGGACAAGAUCCGGCCCUACGUGCAGACCGGCUGCGCGUCGAGCAUCGUGCCCAACCGCGUGUCCUACUUCUACGACCUCAAGGGACCCUCGUUCACCGUCGACACGGCCUGCUCGUCCUCGCUGGUCGCGCUCCACCUGGCCUGCGAGAGCAUCCAGCGCGGCGAGUGCGACCGCGCCAUCGUGGCCGGCACCAGCACCAACCUGCUCCCGGAGAUGUUCAUCGCCUUUGCCAAGCUCCACAUGCUCUCGCCCAACGGCCGCUGCAAGGCCUUUGACGCCUCGGGCGACGGCUACGUGCGCAGCGAGGGCAUCUGCGUGCUCGUCAUCGAACCGCUCGCCACCGCCGCCCGCGAACGCGACUCCGUGCGCGCCCUCGUGCGCGCCACCGGCACCAACCAGGACGGCCGCACCGCCGGCCUCACCUUCCCCGGCCGCGACGCGCAGGCCGCGCUGCUCCGCGAGGUCUACUCGCGCGCCCGGCUCACCCCGUUCGACGUCCAGUUCAUCGAGGCCCACGGCACCGGCACCCGCGCCGGCGAUCCCGUCGAGGCCGGCGCCAUCGGCUCCGUGCUGGGCGAGGUGCGCCCCGGCGACAACCCGCUCCUAAUCGGCUCCGUCAAGUCCAACAUCGGCCACCUCGAGGGCGCCUCGGGCCUCGCCGGCGUCAUCAAGGCCGUCCUGGCCAUGGAGCACGGCGUCAUCCCGGCCAACCUCCACUUCCAGACCCCCAACCCGGACAUCGACUUUGACGGCAUGCGCCUCAAGGUCACCGGCACCAAGACCCCGUGGCCCGCCUGCUCCGUCCGCCGCGCCGGCGUCAACUCGUUCGGCUUCGGCGGCAGCAACGCCCACGCCGUCAUCGAGCAGGCGCCCCUCGUGCCCGCCCUCGCCCUCCCCGCCCACCACCGCCGCAACGAGCGCACCCCGCAGGCCUUCCCCGUCGUCCUCUCGGCCCACACCAAGCAGGCUCUCGCCGACCUCCAGCAGGCCUACGCCGCCCGCCUCGCCGACACCGCCGACGGCCUCGGCCUCGCCGACGACGCCGAGCACCUGAUGGACCUGGCCUACACGCUGGCCUGCCGGCGCACGCACCACGGCUACCGCCUGUCGACGGUGGUGUCGUCGGCGGCGGAGCUGGCGGCGGAGCUGCCCAAGGCCAAGAUCGCGAAGAUGCCCGAGGCCGACAAGGCCAAGCAGGUGCUGUUCGUGUUCACGGGCCAGGGCGCGCAGUGGUACGCCAUGGGCCGCCAGCUGCUGCGCGACGAGCCGGUGUUCCGCGACUGCAUGCGCGAGUGCGACCGCAUCGUGCGGCGCCUGGUGGGCUGGUCCGUGCUCGAGGUGCUCGCGCAGGAUGAGGCCACGACCAUCGUCAACCGGCCGGACAUCGCGCAGCCGUGCACCACCUCGCUCCAGGUCUCGCUGGUGCGCCUGUGGCGCCACUGGGGCGUGGAGCCCUCGAUCGUGGUGGGACACUCGAGCGGUGAGAUCGCCACCGCGUACGCCGCCGGCGCGCUGUCGCUCGAGGCCACCAUCCGCACGGCCGUGUACCGCGGCGAGGCCAUGAAGGUCAACGAGAGCGGCCGCGGCAAGAUGGCCGCCGUGGGCAUGACCGAGCAGGAGGCCGCCGAGUUCCUGGCCCCCUACCGCGGCAAGGUCGGCAUCGCCGCCGUCAACUCGCCCACCAACUGCACCAUCUCCGGCGACGCCGCCGAGAUGGAGGCCAUCGGCGAGGUGCUCAAGGAGCGCGGCGUCUUCUGCCAGUUCCUCCGCAUCGACUGCGCCUACCACUCGCACCACAUGCUCCCCGUCGGCGCCCGCCUCACCGAGCUCCUCACGGGUCUCGAGACCCAGGGCGGCGAGCAGACCCGCGUGCCCAUGAUCUCCACCGUGCUCGGCGCGCCCUGCAAGGCCUCCGACCUCGGCGCCGACUACUGGGUGCGCAACCUGGUCUCCAUGGUCCGCUUCUGGCCCGCCAUCGAGGCCGCCUUCCGCACCACGCGCAUCGACGUCGUCGUCGAGAUCGGCCCGCACCCGGCCCUCCAGGGUCCGCUGCGCCAGUGCCUGCUGGCCCUCUCCGCCCAGCCGCCCGCCGUGCUGCCCUCCAUCAUCCGCAAGGAGGACGAGCAGCGCCGCAUGGUCCUCUCCCUCUGCGCCCUCCACGACGCCGGCGUCGACGUCGCCUGGGACCGCGUGUUCCGCGACAAGCUGCUCGUCGGCUACCGCGAGCCCCGCCUCGUGCGCGGCCUGCCCUCGUUCCCGUGGCAACGCAAGUCCUACUGGCACGAGUCCGACAUCUCGCGCCAGUCCCGCUUCCGCGAGCUGGGCCACGAGCUCCUGGGCCACCGCCUCCACCAGGCCCACGGCGCCGCCCUCUGGCAGAACGAGCUCAAGGUGCCCCACCUGCCCUACCUCAAGGACCACGUCGUCCAGGGCUCCAUCGUCUUCCCCGGCGCCGGCUACAUCGCCAUGGCCGCCGCCAUCCCCACCGACGAGACCAAGAGCGCCGGCGGCGACGCCGUCAACACGCCCGUUGCGAUCGAGGAGAUCGUGUUCAAGAAGGCCCUCAUCUUCGAGACCGACCAGACCGCGAUCAAGACCCAGCUCACGCUGGCCGACAAGGAGGAGGAGGGCCGCCGCGACUUUACCGUCUUCUCGGCCGACGGCAGCGGCUGGCAGGAGCACUGCAGCGGCAAGCACCGCAGGCUCGCCCCCGCCGCCCCGGCCGCCGCCGAUCAGAUCGAGGCCAACAAGGCCCUCAUGCAGGCCGUCAAGGAGCGCUGCCCGCACUUUGUCUCCAAGGACGAGUGCUACAAGGUCUUCAACGACGCCGGCCUCGAAUACGGCCCCGACUUCCAGGGCAUCGAGGAGCUGCACCGCGGCGACGGUGAGGCGUGGGCGGUGGUGAGCUCCGUGGCGUGCGCGCUGCCGCCGGCGGGAAGUUCCUACGCGAUCCACCCGACGGUGCUGGACGCGUGCUUCCAGGUGCUGAUCGGGGCCGUGGGCGGCUCGCUCUCGGAGAGCUACCUGCCGGUGCGGAUCGGCAAGAUCGAGGUGCACUCGCCGUGCCGCGCGGCCAAGUACUUUGUGCACGCCACGGCCAAGAAGCCCGCCCAGGGCAGCUUCGUGGGCGACAUCCGCCUGCUGGGCCUGGCCGACGGCGAGGACAAGGUGAGCGUCGAGGGCCUCCUGUGCGCCUCCAUCGGCAAGAAGGGCGGCGCCAAGGGCGGCGACGAGCAGGGCUCGUGGGAGUGGAACGAGAGCCUCUACGAGUUCGUGUGGAGGCCCGACCUGGCCCUGCUCGUCCACGGCGCCGACGGCCUCGUCGCGCAGGCCGUGCCACCGACCGACGCCGCGUGGGACGACGAGCCCGAGCGCGUGGCGCUCGCCUACCUGCGCCGCGUCGCUGCCUCGUUCGAGGCGAGCCCCGAGAAGCGCGAGCGCAUCGUGCCCCUCUACCGCCCGCUCUACGACUGGCUCGAGGCCACCGUGCGCGCCACGGCCGAGCAGGCCGCCGCCGAGAACGUGCCCGUGGAGGCCUUCUUCAACGCCGAGGAGGAGCAGGCGCUCAAGGACGAGAGCCUCGUGGUGCACCGCAUCGGGUACCACCUGGAGGAGAUCCUGCUGGGCACCACGGACCCGCUCUCGCUGCUGUUCAAGGACGACACGGUGUACCGCGUGUACGAGAAGGGUCCCACCUUCUACCAGGCCAACCAGAUCCUCGGGCAGGCGCUCGACCUGCUGGCCCACAAGCACGGCCAGCUGCGCGUGCUCGAGAUCGGCGCCGGCACGGGCGGCACCACGACGCACGCGCUGCCGGUGCUGGGCAAGCGCUUCGUGUCGUACACCUUCACCGACAUCUCGCCCUCCUUCUUCGAGAAGGCCAAGGCCAAGUUCGCCCCGUGGGGCGGCCGCAUGAAGUUCCAGGUGCUCGACAUCGAGAAGGACCUCGACGCCCAGGGCUUCACGCCCGAGUCCUACGACCUCAUCGUCGCCACCGACGUGCUGCACGCCACCGUCGACAUCGUCCAGACCCUCACCAGCGUGCGCCGGCUGCUGGCCCCCGGCGGCCAGCUGCUCAUGAACGAGUUCGUCAACACGCCCAUGUGGAUCCAGACCGUGUUCGGCACCCUCUCCGGCUGGUGGCGCUUCCAGGACCCCGAGCGCCGCAGCGUCGGCCCCACCCUCUCCGAGCAGGCCUGGCGCCAGGCCUUUGUCGACAGCGGCUGGGCCGCCAUCCACCCGCUGCACGACCGCCGCCCGCGCCCCAUCCACGCCACCUUCCUCGUCACCGCGCCCCUCUCCGCCCCCGCCGAGCCCGCCACCACCCCCGUCGUCUACGUGCUCGCCGACGCCGGCGAGGAGCAGGAGGCCGUCGUCGCCGAGCUCGCGAGCCUGUGCGCUGCGGCGCCGCGCGAGCUGGUGCGCGUGGCCGCGGCCGGCGAGGCGGCGGCGCACGGUACGCUGGUGUACCUGCCCUCGCUGUCGAGCGCGUCCGUGUUCGAGGGCGUGUCCGACGGCGAGUUCGAGCGCAUGAAGGCGGCGGUGAGCGGCCACUGCGGCGAGGUCUACUGGGUAACGCGCGGCGGCAACAUGGACUGCCCGCUGCCCCACAACGCGCCCCUUGUCGGCUUCUCGCGCGUGAUGAAGAACGAGCGCCCGGGCAUCAAGAGCUGCGUCGUCGACGUCGACCCGCACUUCACGCCCGCGCAGGUGGCGGCCAGCGUCUUCGAGGCGCUCGCGUCGCCGCACGUGCGCGACGAGGAGGAGCUCGUCGUGCGUCAAGGCGCCGCCGCCUCCGAGCGGCCGGUGGUGUACGUGCCGCGCGUGGCGGCCAAGAAGGUGUCGGCCGAUCUGCAGCGCACCGAGGAGAAGCGCUACGGCGACUGCGCGGGCCUGCGGCUCGAGGUGGGCACGGCGGGCCUGCUCAACACGCUGCAGUGGCGCGAGUCGCAGCGGCGCGCGCCCGGCCCGGGCGAGGUCGAGGUGCAGGUGCAGGCCACGGGCCUCAACUUCAAGGACGUGAUGCUGGCCAUGGGCAUGCUCUCCGACGAGGCCGUCGAGGGCGGCUUCUGCGGGCGCAACCUGGGCAUCGAGUGCUCCGGCGUCGUCGCGGCCGUGGGCGAGGGCGUCGCCGACCUGGCCGUCGGGCAGCGCGUGGUGUGCGUGGCGCGCUACUGCUUCUCGACCUACGUCACCACCCUGGCGCCGCUGGUGCAGCCCAUCCCCGAGUGGAUGAGCUUCGAGGAGGCCGCCACGAUCCCGGCCACCUUCCUCACGGCCCUCUACGCGCUCAAGCACCUGGGCCACAUCCAGCCGGGCGAGUCGGUGCUGAUCCACGCCGCGGCCGGCGGCGUGGGCCAGGCGGCCAUUCAGCUGGCGCACCUGUUCGGCGCCGAGGUCUACGCGACGGUGGGCAGCCGCGAGAAGCGGGAGUUCAUCGAGCGCGAGCUGGGCGUGCGGCCCGACCGCAUCAUGAACUCGCGCAGCCUCGACUUUGUGCAGGAGCUCGCCAAGAAGACCGACGGCCGCGGCGUCGACCUCGUGCUCAACUCGCUCUCGGGCGAGGCCCUGAAGAAGAGCGUGGGCGUGCUGGCCCCGUUCGGCCGCUUCCUGGAGAUCGGCAAGCGCGACAUCUACGGCAACUCCAAGCUCGACCUGCUCCCCUUCGGCCAGAACCUCUCCUUCUUCGCCAUCGACCUCGACCGCCUCAACGGCUCCCACCCGCACACGUCGGGCCGCAUCUUCCGCGAGCUCAUGGCCCUCUUCCACGAGCGCAAGCUCCGACCGCUCCCGCGCAAGGUCUACUCGUUCGGCCGCGUCGAGGAGGCCUUCCGCUACAUGCAGCAGGGCAAGCACAUCGGCAAGGUCAUCCUCUCCCUCCGCCCCGACGAGCCCGUCCGCACCCUCCUCCCCGCCUUUGCCUUUGACCCGGCCCCCGUCUACCUCCUCGUCGGCGGCCUCGGCGGCUUCGGCUCGGCCGUGGCCCGCUGGAUGGCCCAGCACGGCGCCACCAACCUCGCCUUCCUCUCCCGCUCCGGCGCCGCCGCCCCGGCCGCCGCCCAGGCCGUCGAGGAGCUCACCGCGCUCGGCGCCCACGUCCUGGUCGAGAAGGCCGACGUCGUCGACCGCGACCAGCUCCAGGCCGCCCUCGGCCGCAUCCGCGCCCACUUCCCCGCCGCCCCCGGCUUUGGCGGCGUCAUGCAGGCCGCCAUGGUCCUCGACGAUUGCCUGCUGGACGACAUGACGCCGGACCGGUUCCGUCGCGUGGUGGCGCCCAAGGUGCGCGGCACACACAACCUGGUGGAGCUGCUGGGCGCCGAGCCGCUGCGCUUCUUCGUGCUCUUCUCGUCGGUGUCGGCCGUGGUGGGUAACCUGGCCCAGUCCAACUACGCCGCCGCCAACGCCUACCUCGACGCCCUGGCCCACCAGGCGCGCGCCCGCUCCCCGUCGCUCCCGCUCGUGUCCAUCAACUGGGGCGCCAUCGGCGACGUGGGCUACGUGGCCGAGCGCAAGGACCUCGAGGAGUCGAUGAAGAAGCGCGGCAUCUACCCGCUUCCCAUCGACCACGCCCUCCACGUCCUGCAGUGGGCCAUUACCGACCUGCCCGCGCAGGUCGUCGCUUCGCCCAUCGUGUGGCGGGUGGCCGCCAACACGCUCCCGUCCCUCACCUCGGCCCGCUUCCGCGCGCUCCUGGUCGACGACCGAGGCGAGGCCACCGAAGGCGGUGCCGGCGGCGGCAGCUCGGUGUCAGUCUUCCAGCAGCUUUCGGCCGCGCCCGCCGAGGAGCGCAUCGAGAUCCUGCGCCAGAGCCUGCGGGCCAAGCUGAGCUCCAUGCUCGGCAUCUCGGCCGAGGACAUCGAGAUGAGCAACAAGCUCACCGACCUGGGCGUCGACUCGCUCAUGGCCGUCGAGCUCAAGAACUGGAUCGACAAGGAGAUGAAGAUCUCCCUCUCCGUGCUCGACCUCACCGGCGGCAAGAGCAUCGACGAGCUCGUCGUCAAGAUCCUCUCCCUCUCCUCUCUCGCCCCCUCCUCGUCGUCGUCGUCAUCGUCCGACGCGACCGCUGUCUCGGCAUCGGCGUCGUCGGCGGCGGCGUCGGGUCCCGUGGCGGUGUUCGAGUGCUACCGGAAGGUGGAGAAGCCCAAGGCGCGCCUGGUGUGCUUCCCGUACCUGGGCGGCGAGCCCUCCGUGUUCCGCAGCUGGACCGCGUUCGUGCCGGCCGACGUGGAGCUCUACGCCUACGUGCCCCAGCGCUCGUCCGCCUGGGAGGACCUCCUCCCGCUCAUCCUCGACCAGCUCGCCCUCCUCGACCAGGCUGCCCCCGCUCCGCUGGUGUUCUACGGUCAUUCGAUGGGCGGCCUGAUCGCGUACGAGGCGGCGUCCCACUUCCGCGCGUCGUCGCAGCUCGUGGUGGCGGCGAUCGCCUCGCCCGACGAGCCCAGCUUCUUCGCCACGGAGUGGGAGGGUUGGUCCGACGCCGUGCUGGCCGCGGCCCCCGUGGAGGACUUCAUGCGCGUGGCCAUGCAGCAGGGCCUCAUCGUCAACACCACCCUCGACCCCGAGGUGAUCCGUUCGUCGAUCCUGCUCGGCAAGCGGUACCUGCCGUGGCGAAAGGCGUCGGGCCUGUACGGCGAGGGCCAGAGGAAGCAGAUGCAGAGCAAGCUGCUGGCGGUGGACGGCGAGAAGGACCUGAUCUUCAAGGACAAGACCCACCUCCUCUCCUGGGAGCACUACACCACGGCCGCCUUCGAGUUCCUCUCCAUCGCCGAGGGCAGCCACCUCUUCCUCAACGAAGAGGCUGCCAUGGUCAACUUCGUGCCCGCCCUCUCGGCCGUCCUCGCCUCCGCUGCCGCUUCCUCCUCCUCCUCAUCGUGA